AUGUCCGAUCCCACAAAAGAGACCUACUUCCAACAGCAACGCCAACUCCUCAUCAACGAUGUCGCAGCAAGCAUGGAGAACGUCCUCCAAAACAUCAACAAACUCAAUCGUAGUCUCGAAGGAGUCAUAGCAGUCGGCAACGAGUUCAGCCAAGUGGAGGGACUCUGGUCACAAUUCGAGAACGUCAUGGCAAAAGAUGCUGAGAAGGAGGAGGGGAAGGAUGCCAACGAAGGUGCUGCGGAGGGAACGUGA